UGGUGAUCCUGCUGAGGAAAGAGACUCCGAUGGACUUACACCGGGCAGCGUUCAAGAUGGAGAACUCACCCUACCUCCCCAACCCCCUAGCCUCCCCAGCACUGAUGGUUCUUGCCUCCACUGCUGAAGCCAGCCGUGAUGCUUCCAUUCCCUGCCAGCAGCCGAGGCCUUUUGGGGUCCCCGUGUCAGCAGACAAGGACGUGCACAUUCCCUUCACCAACGGCUCAUAUACUUUUGCCUCCAUGUAUCACCGGCAAGGGGGGCCGGGAGCGUUUGCAAACCGUGACUUUCCUCCAUCCUUGCUUCACCUCCAUCCCCAGUUUGCACCUCCCAACCUGGACUGCACCCCAAUCAGUAUGCUGAACCACAGUGGCGUUGGGGCUUUCCGCCCCUUUGCAUCUACUGAAGACCGGGAGAGCUACCAGUCGGCCUUCACGCCGGCCAAGCGCCUGAAAAACUGCCAUGACACUGACUCACCCCAUCUGCGCUUCUCGGAUGCUGAUGGGAAGGAGUAUGAGUUUGGCGCACAGCUCCCCUCCAGCUCCCCUGGCUCCCUUAAAGUUGAUGAUACAGAGAAGAUCUUUGCUGUCUCUGGCCUCAUUUCUGACCGGGAGACCUCAUCCAGUCCUGAAGACCGAAGUGACAGAUGCAAAAAGAAAGCAACUUUGUUUGACAGCCAGGCUCCAAUCUGCCCUAUCUGCCAGGUCCUGCUUCGCCCUGGGGAGUUGCAGGAACACAUGGAGCAGGAGCUGGAGAAGCUCACCCAGCUGAACAUCAGCAAGAGCUCCAUCCUGAAGGAUACCAUGGCAGCAGGCACCCCCAAGUCAAUUUUGUUGUCGGCCUCAAUCAAGCGGGAAGGAGAUUCUCCAACAGCAUCACCCCACUCCUCAGAUGACAUACAUCACUCAGACAGAUACCAGACCUUCCUGCGGGUGCGAGCGAACCGGCAGACCCGGCUGAACGCUCGGAUUGGAAAAAUGAAACGGAGGAAGCAAGACGAAGGGCAGAGAGAAGGUUCAUGCAUGACUGAGGAUGACUCUGUGGACAUCGAGAACGAGAACGGCAACCGCUUUGAAGAGUACGAGUGGUGUGGGCAGAAGAGGAUACGCGCCACUACGCUCCUGGAGGGAGGAUUUCGAGGUUCUGGGUUUAUCAUGUGCAGCGGCAAAGAGAAUCCAGACAGCGACGCUGACCUGGAUGUGGAUGGGGACGACACACUUGAAUACGGGAAACCACAGUACACAGAGGCAGACGUUAUCCCUUGCACUGGGGAAGAGCCAGGUGAAGCCAAAGAGAGGGAGGCACUCCGAGGUGCUGUUUUAAAUGGUGGCACACCCAGUACUCGAAUAACACCAGAGUUUUCUAAGUGGGCCAGCGACGAAAUGCCCUCAACGAGUAAUGGUGAAAGCAGUAAACAGGAGACCAUGCAGAAGACCUGUAAGAACAGUGACAUUGAAAAAAUUACAGAAGACUCUGCAGUGACAACAUUUGAAGCGUUAAAGGCUCGUGUCCGUGAGUUAGAAAGGCAGCUUUCCCGUGGGGACCGCUAUAAAUGUCUCAUUUGCAUGGACUCCUACACAAUGCCCCUGACUUCCAUUCAGUGCUGGCACGUGCACUGUGAAGAAUGCUGGCUGCGGACUCUGGGUGCCAAGAAGCUCUGUCCCCAGUGUAACACCAUCACGUCUCCUGGAGACCUUCGGCGCAUUUACUUAUGAAGGACCCAGCAGGAGGGCCAGACCUGGCUACUCGGCUCAGCUCAUCACACCAAGGGGGAGAAGAACGACAGCAACAACAAAAACCAACAAAAAAGACGUUUUAAAAUUUAAAGGAAAAACAAACUAAAGACUCCAGACCUGAACUCAAGGCUACAGGAGCAGUGGGAAGCCUUGGCUCCCAGGUCCCAUGUGUUGAAAACUCCUUCAGCAUCUGCAGUGGGCAAUAUGAAACCCUUUGUUGUGAAGCCCCCUUUUUUAAAACCAGUAUUCCCCAUCAACCCAUUCCCUGGAGCUGGCUUUGCAUCGUGGAUGGCUUGCGAGCCCUGCUUUGGACUGUUGUUGACCACUCUGCCCCCAGGAGACUGGGGAAGGGACCCUUGACAGAAAGAUGUUAACCUGUAACUUGUGUUCUUUGUUCAGUUUUUAUUUUUGUUGUUUUUAUUUGGUUUGGCUUGGUUUUUUCGUUUGGUUCUGUUUUGGUUUUUUGUGGUGUUCUAGUGAUAAAAAAAGGUUUAAAGAAAAAAAAAACCACACCCAGGCAGAAAUGAAGCACAUGUAAUAUAGAUUAUAUAUGUUUACAAUGUUGUGUAUAAAUGGGAUAGACUCAAACAUUACAUACUAAUAAGUUUCCCUUUUUUUUUUUUUUUUUUUUUUGGGUUGUAUUUUUUUUAAAGAAGAAAAAAAAUGAGCAGAGAACAUUAAACCCAUAUUUUUCUUGGUUCAGCAAAGUUUUGGCAUUAAAGUCAUUAGUUUAAAAAAAGUAUAUAUAUACAUAUAUAUAAUAUAAAUGGUUUAAUGUUCUGUGGUGUAUAUUUCCUCAUUCAGAUAUGAAGUUAACAGCUUUUAGUAAUGGCUGUAGCAUUGCCCAUAACUUACAGAACUUAUGGGGAGUAGAGGAGGUGGAUUUUUGUCAUUAGUUGUAGCUAAUGGGGCUAUUUAUAAUAGAAUCGUUAUCCCCGGAAAGACACGGCUUUUAACUCCUCGCUGGGGGACUGGGCAGGGUGAGGGGAUUUGGCUCAGCCCCUUUUGCCUUUUCCAGCCAGGAAGGGGCAAACGGUGUGGAGCUGGAGGGAGGCAAAGCUGCCAGGGUGCUGCCUUCUCCCCCCCGCCUCGGGAAUGCCUUCCCGACCCCCUCCUGCCUCCUCCAAGGCCGUGGCCCCUGCCUUGCUUUGCUUUGCUUUGCUUUGCUUUCCUCCCCUGCAGACAGCGUUUGCAGGCUGAGGGUGCCUGAGCUGCUCCCUGUGCCCAGUCCGAGGUGGGAUGGCAGGGAAGUGGGCACAGGGAGGGGCAGCUGGGGACAGGAUGGCCAGGGACAGGGUGGCUCUACCAGUGGCUUUGCCCAAGGCCGUGCCUGGCAUCACACACAAGCUCCACAGAGCCAGCCCUGCCCCAGGCUGGCUACCCCCAGCUCUCCAGCUUCCGGAGCCUGUGUUUUGUAAAGGAGGUGGGUUUUUUGGCACUGGGGUGGAGAGCCUCUUUGUCCCCGUGGCCACCCCCAGGGCUUGCCCCAGGCUGCAGCAAGCAGUUACCUGUGGGGUUGGCUUCUUUCACACAGUCCCCCCUGCUUGUCCCUGUCUCCCAUAUCCUCAGCCUUAACCAAAGCUGCCAUCUGGCCUGGCUUUUUUGUUGUUUUUCCUUUUAUUUUCAGGACCCAAGAAACCAAUACUGAUCAAUUUCCCAAGGCUGUCACAUGCCCCUUCUGCUGACUUCUCCCAGCCCUGCCCCAGCUUCCUAAAGGGAGGUGAGGAAUCUUAUCUCUCCCUGCUCCCAUAAGGUCUUUCCAAGCAGAUCCCACCCAGCAGCACAACGUGGCUAGGACAUUUUUUAGACAGUUUAGAAACGCAUGGAUGAGAGGUUAGGAGGUGAGUCCCAGUGCCACUGGGCUACCAGGGCCAUUCUGGAACAGGAAGGUCCUGUGGAGGCAGGAUGCCUGGGGUGUGACAGUCCCAUCCCCACUUCUCUUCCCUGAGCUUGUUGACUGUUCUGCAGAGAGCAAAAGAAACCAAAUUGCAGGAGCUGUAUAAGCAUCAUAGCAAAAAGCAACAAUUCCUAAUGGAGAGGUUCCUGAGUCUCCAAGCUCAUAGCAAGGUGGUAGCCUCGGGGAUUAGAGAGCUGCAGCCUCUCCUGCUCAGGGCACAUCCCAACAGAGCUCCCAGGGACCAGAGAAAACCAAGGCACCUGGGGAGGGUCCUACCUACCCAGGGAGGCUACGGACAAGGGAGAGGGCCACAGAGUAGGCACACAGCCCCUGGGUCUGGUCUUGUAAAAGGGGUAAAAAUCAGUAAGGGGCACAGCUGGGCUGCAAAUUCCACCCAGCAGGAGCUGUGCUGCCUGGGUGCUGGUACUGGGGUCUCAGAAGUGGAUUUGGAGAGGGUGUAGUGGGUGGGUUUGAGAGGCAGCCAGGAAGGGAGAGAGGGCAGAACACCCUGCCCCAGCCUUUCCUUGGAAAUAGGCUCUGGGAGGGAGCCAGGCUUUCUGGCCCGGGGUUGUGGACCAGCUGUGUUGUGUACGUAUGUGUAAAACCAUAUGUAACUAGUCAUUGGUUCUUUGUUUUGGGGUUUCUUUUUGUUUGUUGCUUGGGUUUUUAUGUUUUAAUUGUAAAGCCAUCUCCUGUUUUCAAGGGGGGAGGCUGCAGGGGGAAGGCUGGGGAGAAGCAUCCUGGUUUGUAACAGGCAUCUGCUGCUUCCCCUCUUCUGUAAUGAGUUUAAAUGAUUUUUUAAAAAAGAAAAAAAUUUGAAAUAUUGGAGUUACCUAUCUUUGCCCAAAGAAUCCCAGUUGCACAAAGCGAUAUUCCAGUGUGUCAAUGAUUGUGUGUCGGUGUAUAUUAUACAAAGAGGUACUUGUCACUCCCGUUUGUAAACUACAUUUGACAUUAAUUAAACAAAUAUAAAUCUUC